AUGUUUCAAUUUAACGCUUCUCCAUGUCUAUUUGCUCCUCUACCCACAAACAAUUUUGUUGAGUCAUCCCCGAUUCUCGCUCUGAAGGGAUCGAGAGCCAACGCCACUCAAUUUGUGGAAAGAAAGCCCAGGAAAAAGGUGGAUUUGCACGUGCAAGAAGCCGAAGACCAUGUUACUCUUACGUUCCAGAAAAUAAUUCCAGAUAAAACAAUUUCUGACGCAAUUUACUUAGCUGCCUCUCAACUCACGCAGAACAGGAGUCCCAGCUACAGAAUUGCUAGGGAUUUUUUCGGUAACGAAUAUAUCUACCAAGAAGAAGAGGAUGCUGACGCGAUUCUUCGCGAGGCGAUCUCUAAAAUUGAUGUGCGCAGGCUUGGUGCCUCGCUUUCUAAGAAGGCUUUCCAAGAUUACGAAUUGACUUUAGACAAUUCAGGUCAUGUCUUGUCCAUUUCGAGUCAAAAUGAUGGGCUUUACAAGCAGAUCAGUUUUGCGUCAGCAGUGGAGGAUUUCCGUGUUCUAAACUGUCGCAUGGUAGGAGACAGGACUGCACAAUUGCAGAUUGCUGUCCAGCAACCGGUGAACUUUUUUGUGAAUGCUGUUCAUGCUGUGCAGCCUGUUCAGGCUUCGUCAGCUUGUGUCAAGCUGGCAUGGGCGCCUCGCAAAUGCAUAUCUGGUCGCAGGGACAACUCCCACUACGAAAUCUCUAAGCCUCCCAUUUACGCUACUCAGCAAGAAAAUUCCGAUUCUGAAUCCGAGUCCAAGACGGCGUCUGAGGCCGAGUCUGAGUCCGAAACUCAAGAGAACGUCCCACAGGACAAAGGUGCAAUUUUGGCGGCUGCUUUGGGAUUGGUUCAGAACGAGUUGUCAGAAGACUCUCAAAGCCCAGACGAGAUUGAGCCAGUGCACUUGGAGACUCACAAACAGAGAGAUUCAAAACCCAAAGAGCAUAAACGCAAACAAUCUAAAGCCGAAAGGAAGAAACGCGUAGCCGACAAAAAGGCAAAGCUUAUCGAAGAGAAGAGAAUGCGCAGACUCAGAGCCAAUCUCGACAACCAGAUAAACGCAGCUGAAAAUAAGUCAGAAUCUGAGAAAGCCAGUCCUCAAAGCGUUGUGAUAAACAUAAAUUUCGCCAAUCAGAACGGCGAUUCUCAGUCUACUAAGGAAAGCAGGAACCAAAGGAAAUCACGUUCUAGGUCUCCACUGGUUUUGGAGGAUGUGGAAGAUGAAGAGAUUAACAGAUACAACCAAUCUCUUCAGAGAUCUCCAAGAGGUUCAUGCAUCAUUGACGAUGAUGAGGUAUGA